GUCUACAACGCCGACCAAUACGUCAUCUGCCGCGUGCGUAUAGGACCCAUGGAACAGAGUUUGAUAGGGGAAUGGACGUUGGUUCAGCAAAACACUGACGGCACGAAGCGUCGACAGAAUGCAGUUUUUCAAUGGGCUAAUCCUUCUAACCCAGAUGAAGAGUCCUGGUUUGUGAUCAACGAUGUUCCAAGGCAAAUUUUUGCAGCCACUGGAUCUAAUACAGAAAUAUUCAUAGGCAGAAACGAAGGUUUCUUUGAGUUUUGCUACAUCACCACACCUACCGGAUUACACUUGCCUGUGUACGGAAGGAACUAUCCAGGAAUACAGCAUGUGUUGUCCAAUAGAGUAUCAUCAUGCGUUGUUGAACUAGGCCCCUUGAAUGCUGAAAUGUGGGGUGAUUGGACUUUACACGCAAGACACGAUUUUAAUGGGAGACCCAUCGAAUUAGCGCAAGUUUUUCAUGUCACCCAGGACACCGGCGUCAGAACAUUGCCCCGUAUUCGACAAUGGACGAGCAUAGGAGCCACAGUCGAUAUAAACUUGAACCAAACUGGAGUGGCAUCCACUUGCCGACUCCAGGCACCAAGUGGAAUCGAAUAUGCCAUAACGCCUGGGGCGACACCUUUAGCAGGCGUUACCGUACACGGAAGUUCUAGCUACGUAUCCUGUCGAGUCACCAUCGGACCGAUGGCUGAGAACUUGUUAGGCCAAUGGGUACUAGCUGAGCAAAGCACCGGGUUACAGCGUAGGCAACCUGUCAUCAUUCAAUGGGCCCAUCCAGCGCAUUCCGACAGGGAUGCAAGACAACUGAUAAUUGCCCCCGAGUUAACACUACCCACCGACCUUGAAGGUACAGUAGAAGCGGGCGUCAGUCGAGAAAUGGGUACUUUUGAAGGUUGUUUCCUCACUAUCCCAGACGGCACCGUGAUCCCGAUAAUGUACAACACCUUCUACCCUGGAAUAAAGCUUGGCCAACCUUCUAGAAUUAUGAGUUGUACUGUUGAGAUCGGACCUGUGACUGCUAAGUAACAUGGUUGGCCGAUACACGUUGUCUGGAAUGGGUAACCAUGUCGGAUUUAGAACGGAGACACAGCAGAGUUUUACAAUCAUCGAAGAUGAUGGAAUUACGAACCUGCCACCACUUGAAAUACAGACACACCGAGGAGACAAUGUAGAUAUUAAUCUAGAACAAACUGGCAGUAUCGGUAUUGGUACUUGCAUGCUAAGGAACCCAGCUGGACAGAUCUUUGUGCUAGACUCCUCAUUCAACAGCCCUGGAAUUACAGUGCAUAGAAGCAGCAAGUUUGUGGCCUGCAGAGUAACCAUCGGGCCGAUGAGUGAAAACCUGUUGGGUGAUUGGACUGUGAUGCACCAAGUUACUGGACAAAGAGAGAGACGUGUUCAUGCUAGUGUGUUCUGGGCAAAUCCAAUGGACCCAUCAUGGUCGUAUCAGAUUGUAACAGCACCAGAACAAAAUGUAAUAGGUGCAUUCGGUGACACCAUCAAGUCACCGUACCUUGGCAUCCAGGUAUGCCAAUAGGCUGCGCCAUCAUAGCUCCUGAUGGAACUGUUAUGCCUCACUCCGAAGGCCACACCUACCCUGGAGUCGGCUGGUCUAGGGCCAACAGUGUCGCUUCUUGUACCGCUCGUCUCGGCCCACUGGAUGAUAGUAUGCUUGGCAGAUGGACUUUAGCGGCAAGGUUCGAUGAUGAUGGAUCACUUUUGGAGUCACAACAAUCUAUCACAUUAGGACGUAACACCGGAAAUGAACUGGAGCUACCACCUCUCGAGUAUUUGACUAAUGUCGGUGCGUUAGUCGACCUAAGUCUUAAUAAUAUGAACAGUCCAGUUCAAAGUUGCGCUCUGUUGACGCCCGAUGGAAAAUAUCACGAGCUUACUGCAGACUCAAAUAUAAACGGAGUUACAGUUCACGGACCGAAUAAGUUUGUGUCGUGCAGGGUAACCAUUGGCCCCAUGACUGAACAAAUGUUAGGCACAUGGACGCUUGUCGAGAAUGGUGCUGAUGGUAGACACAGAAGGCAAGCUGCUUUGUUUUCAUGGGCAAAUGGCACGCAUAUUCACCUUCCUAUCCACGAAUUGUCGUACUUUGGAGGUUUUGUGGACUUAAACUUGAACCAAACUGGGGUAGCUGGAGGUUGCAGCUUGACUACCCCUGACGGCCAAGAGCACAUCUUAGGCACUACAUCCAGUAUACCAGGAGUUGCUAUCCAUCCAGCGAGUAAAUUCGUCGCGUGUAGAGUUGUUAUUGGACCAAUGACCGAAUCUCUUUUGGGCGAUUGGGUUAUUUCGCAUUUGGGAUCGGAUAAUACUGAAAGGCAUCAACCUAUGACAAUUUCUUGGGAAAACCCAGCGGACCCUUCAGCGCAACGGCAAGUAACAACACAAGCGCAACAAUCAUAUAGCGUUCGUCCCAGCACUAUCAUCUCAACUUCUAUCCCGCGUGAAGAUGGCCUGUUCGAGGGUUGUUUCCUUACCACCCCGGAUGGCACGGUCCUGCCCGUUCUGGAGUCCAACGCCUAUCCUGGAACUAUCUGGGCCGGCGCCAACAGAAUCACUGCCUGUUUCGUCCAAAUAGGACCUGUUGAUCCUGAAGAGGAAGGGACUUGGGUUCUCGUCGCCAAAACAAACAAUUAUGGAGUCCGCACGGAAUUAAGGAUACCAAUCCAAAUAUCAUUUAUACAUGAUCAAAACCUUCUCACGGAUAAUCUCCCAAGACGAGAAAUCUUUACUCACACGGGAGGAUUCGUUGACAUUGCUCUCAACGAAACUGGGAGCGCGGCUGGCUCCUGCAGCCUGAGGAAUCCCGCAGGACGAACCUUCCUCCUCCAGAACGCUGUGAUGGUAUCGGGAGUGGAAGUGCGAGGAAACAAUACAUUUGUGUCGUGCACUGUAAGAAUAGGACCGAUGUCCCAACAGCUUCUUGGCACGUGGACUCUUAUCCAACAGGACUCCUUGACGACGGAAAGAUUACAACCGGUUCAAAUAUCUUGGGCUCAUUCAGCAAGCCCAAAUGAUCCGCCGACGUUAAUAAGACGGGCUGUAGACGAAAUCGUUGUGGAAGAAAACGAUGUUUUCACCUUAGCAGCGCCUAGAAAUUACAACGACAGCUUUUCUGAGGGCUGCUAUAUCAUUACUCCUGACUUCACAACUCUGCCAAUCUUUGGCGACAACAGAUACCCUGGCAAUCAAAACGCUGGUGCUAACCGACACACCACAUGUUUUGUAGAUAUUGGUCCUAUUACUGCUGAAAUGGCUGGACCUUGGAUACUCUUUUCGGUCGUCAAUAGAGCAGGGGAGAGAAUAAUUUCAGAAAACCCUGCCCAUAUAAGUAUUAGCGACGGAGUCAUAAGAUUGCCAACUCUUCAACACGUCGCACAUGAGGGCCACUUUAUCGACCUGGCUUUGAAUCAAACAGGCCAGACAGGGAACUGUCUCCUCAGAGUACCAUCUGGCCAUGAGUACACCCUGGUCACGGCGGGCAGUCUGGAAGGCAUCACAGCACAUGAACAAAAUAAAUUCGUGUCCUGUCGAGUGGUGAUAGGACCAAUUACUGAAACUCUUAUCGGUGAUUGGGUCUUGAUACAGCAGUUCAAUGAUCCUCAUUUGAGAGAACAGCCAGCUACGAUUUCUUGGGCCAAUCCUGAUGAUCCAAAGGCGGAAGUGUGGGACAUCAGGACAGAACCCGAUAGAGAUAUUUACGCAGACUACGGAGCUUCCGUCGAGAUCUCCAUCCCAAGACAGAAUCUUAACUAUCUCUUCGAAGGUUGCUUCAUCACGACGCCUGACGGAACUACCCUUCCUAUUUUCUCAACUCAUGCGUACCCCGGAAUCUCGCACUUGGGAGUGAAUCAAGUGACGGCUUGUUUCGUGGAGCUGGGGCCUAUCGACAGCGAUAUGGCUGGAACCUGGAUGUUGGCAGCCAGGUUCAAUGACAACGGAGUUCGCCACGAAGACCGCCAGCCGUUCAUCCUCGCUAUUGGGCGUGAGUAUCAUUCGUUGGAUUAUCUUGUGCAACUUCGUAUGAACUCCCAAGGAGUACCUAACCUAAGAGCUCCUCCAGCCACCUUCAACGCGACAGCGCUCAUCGUCAGCCUGACAGUGAUCUUCGGUCUCAUCCUCAUCGUGGUGGGAGUCCUCAGCUACAAGACAGCGAGGAACUGGAGCUCGAACAGGUGGAACCAGUCCAGGUCCUGGAGUACGCAGAGGUGGAACAGGCUAAGGUCGAGCAUGCGCAGUGUGUCUAGUCGGAGGAAUAUCGUUGAUCAUGAGUUGGGGUCGAGGAGCUAGUAUUAGGGAAUAUUCCUUGGGAAAUUUUCCUGGGAAAAAUACACCACUCUGAAUGUCUAAUGAUGAACAUAUUUUCGUUAUACAUUUGUACCCAUUUUACUUCUCGAUUUUAUAAUUAAUUUGCUACUGUAUCAUAACAACUGUUUUUAUUUUAAAUUGGUAAUAUUUUAGAUAUUUUGUGUGUUGGGCACUCAUAGGAGGUUUCCUAAAGGAUGACAAUAAAAUAAUAAAAUUAAUAUGUAUUCAUUAGCGGGCUACAUUAAAACUUAAAAGACGAGUACUGUGAUAUACUGACAACCGUAAUAUAAGUAAUUAUUUUAUAUAGGUAGGGUAGGUAGGUAUAUUUUGUAUAGGUAGGAUUAUAUUGUAUAAUUUUAUGUAUUGAAUUAUAUUUU